CGGGAUGUCAAGCCAUUUUCGGACUCGGAGAUUUGGUUGCCGCACGGUGACGCUGACGGUGUACCCGAUGUUUACGGCGUGCCCGAUGCAGUGUUUACAGCUGCCGGUAUUGAUAACUCGUGGAAAAGGGGCUAAAGCGACGAGUGUUCCAUUGCUACGCACCAGGCGUUUAACCGACUGGGCGAUGUUUCAACAGGGCAUUUAGGUAGUAUCAUGACCUGCCCGCUCAGGUCGAUAUGGGAACCACCACAGUAGAUCGGUUUGAAGCAAGCAGGAAAUUACAGGACUCCCCGUGUGAAGUCAUCACGGUCAUCAUCCGUCCCUAGAGGUGUUUACUAGUUCUAAGAAAUGGCUUAAGAAGGUGCUUCCGACCUCGUCUUCAGCAUGAUUUUUUCCAGCAAGUGCUACACCACUAUCAACUCACAACCCACCUCUAUUCACUCUUUAUCAAACCCGGUUAUCCAACACCGUCCACUCUCGUUACCAUGGUCCGAAUUUCCCUCUUGACGUACCUGGCCCUGGGCCUAGGAAGCACCACUGUACUCGCAGACUGUGGUCAAGCCCCGAGCAGUUCGCCGGCAGUUCAGAUUCCCACGGGCGUUUUGACGCCAGUUACCGACUUUGGCGUAAACCCAACCGGCUUGGAUCUCCAUAUCUACGUCCCCAAGAACCUCGCCCCCAAGCCCGCUGUCAUCCUAGCCCUCCACUUGUGCGGCGGCACCGGCCCUAUUUACUCCUACUUGUCUAACUACAACCCCCACGCCGACCAGCGCAAAAACUUCGUGGUCCUCUACCCCUCCACCCCGCACGACAACCACUGCUGGGACGUGGCCUCCAAGAAAUCCCUAACCCGCGACGCCGGCGGCGACACCACCUCGCUCGCCAGCAUGGUGCGCUGGGCCAUCUCCGAGUUUGACGCCGACCCUGCCAAGGUCUUCGUCACCGGCUCCUCCUCCGGCUGCAUGAUGUCCAACGUCAUGGCCGCCGCCUACCCCGACAUCUUCUCAGCCGUGUCAUGCUACUCGGGAAUCCCUGCCGGCUGUCUGGCCGGUUCCCCGGGAGCCAGUCCGCAGAACUCGGACCCGACUUGUGGUCAGGGCAAGAAGAUCAAGUCCGGAGAGGAGUGGGCUGCCGUCCUCAAGAGCAUCUACGGCAAACCCGAGGGAUAUACCGAAGGCUCGUAUCCCAAGGUGCAGACGUGGCAUGGUGAGGCGGAUUUCUUUGUCAACUACCCGAACUUGCAAGAGCAGUUGAAGCAGUGGUCGACGGUCUUGGAUGUUCCGUUUAGCAAGACUCAGGCCAAUGCGCCGGACACUGGGUACACCAAGAUUGUGUAUGGAGAUGGAAGCAAGUUGGUUGGUUACUCGGCCAAGGGAGUGGGACACACGGUCCCGGUGCACCCUGAGGAGGAUUUGAAGUGGUUUGGCUUGUAAUGGAGGGGACGGGGGAGGUUGAGAGGGGGUCGAUGGAAGUCUUGUGUGUGAUAGUUGACGAUAUUGGAUAACUGGUAUAGAAUGAAUAGUUGUGAGCUGAA